AUGACACCCAAGAACACCUAUGUCCGUCCGCGCUCGGAUGCUUUCAUAGGAGAGUGUCUGCGCUACAUUAGACAUGUCGGAACAUUCGCCAGGGCCGUAGUCCAAGAGAAUGACCGCUUGCAAAGGCUAGUCAAACAACUAUCGGCUGCGCUGUGCCACGAGAGAAAUUCAAGUCAACUUCAGGCGCAAGUAGUUCAAACACAACAAACCCUCAUCAAGAUCUGGGAGACGCAGCGGAUUGCGCACCGGGAAUGCCACUGUAGACUUGCCGCACAUGAGCGGGGGCAAACUACAACACGGUCAGCUCUCUACAGUGGCCAGUGUAUAUCGGCCACGAACAAACUUAUGGUAUUAGCGGAUGUAGCCGAAAAGGAGAGACGAUCGGAAGCUGGGGUGAAGAGGAAAGCUGCCGACGAUGGGUUCUUGGGACCACGGGAAUCGUCGUGUCCAGCUUGA